AUGGCCGAGGACAUGAUGACCCAUCAGGGGCAGAGUACGCCCUGGGUGGGUGGGAUGAUGAAACCUAUGCAGGAAAAUGAGAACCAUAUGCCGCAGUCUACGGUGUCAACUGAGAAUUGCACUUGCAGUGCGACUACAGGACCUUGCAUUGGUCAUAUGGAGAAGAUGCGCUUAGAACUGCUGGGAGAGCUAGUAUCCCCGUUGCAGCUACACAACGAGCAUCAGCAACAACAGAAUCAAAACAAUAAUGCCUUCGAAGCUAAUAUGGCAAGGUUGCAGACACGACCAUUGACGCCGAGCAGGAACUACAGCAGCUACUCGUCGAGGUAA